AUGAAGAGCCCGAGCCCGGCCCGAGGUACAGAGGAGGUGGGUACAGAGGAGGUGGGUACAGAGGAGGUGGGCACAGAGGAGGUGGGUACAGAGGAGGUGGGUACAGAGGAGGUGGGUACAGAGGAGGUGGGUACAGAGGAGGUGGGUACAGAGGAGGUGGGUACAGGGGAGGUGGGCACAGAGGAGGUCAGAGGAGGUGGGCACAGAGGAGGGACAGAGUGGACACAGGGACAGGGUGGAGCACAGGGACAGAGUGGAGCACAGGGACAGAGUGGAGCACAGGGACAGAGUGGAGCACAGGGACAGGGUGGAGCACACAGGGUGGAGCACAGGGACAGAGUGGGACAGAGUGGAGCACAGGGACAGAGUGGAGCACAGGGACAGAGUGGAGCACAGGGACAGAGUGGAGCACAGCACAGGGACAGGGAGUGGAGCACAGGGACAGAGCACAGGGACAGGGUGGAGCACAGGGACAGAGUGGAGCACAGGGACAGAGUGGAGCACAGGGACAGAGUGGAGCACAGGGACAGAGUGGAGCACAGGGACAGAGUGGAGCACAGGGACAGGGUGGAGGAGCACAGGGACAGAGUGGACAGGGACAGAGUGGAGCACAGGGACAGGGUGGAGCACAGGGACAGAGUGGAGCACAGGGACAGGGUGGAGCACAGGGACAGGGUGGAGCACAGGGACAGGGUGGAGCACAGGGACAGAGUGGAGCACAGGGACAGGGUGGAGCACAGGGACAGAGUGGAGCACAGUUUGUGCGUCUCUACAGAGCGGAUCCUCCACAAACUUCAGUCUGGACCUGGUCCCAGAUGUGAGUCCCUCAGGAGUGACUGGUCUAAGGAGUUACCACGGAACUUCAGGAGUGACCGGUCUAUGGAGAGACUGAGCAUGGACCAGAGAGAGCACUGUCCUCCCACCACCAGAAGGGCGGCGUCACUGAGCUCCUUUGAUAUAUUGAUUGACUUUAAAAAGGAGGAAGAUCAUGGGAUCCUCCACAAACUUCAGUCUGGACCUGGUCCCAGAUGUGAGUCCCUCAGGAGUGACUGGUCUAAGGAGUUACCACGGAACUUCAGGAGUGACCGGUCUAUGGAUAAACGAUGGAACUUCAGGACAGUAACGGCUGCAGAUGUCUCCACUGGUCCGCACCAUGGCUCUCACCUGGUCUCCAUAUUUAAGGUCGGUCAUUCAGUGGUUUGUAGAUGUUGA